AUCCACAAAGGCAGCACACAUACCGUACGAAAGAAGACGACGACAGUGCGGCGAUACACAACAAAUCCAAGAGGCGCCGUAUGUAUGUCUAUCGACACCAAUAAGAGUGACAGUCAUGCCCCCUUCUACCACCACGACUACUGCUUCACAGCGCACUGCUACUGUCUUGAUGAACCAACGCCAAGCAACAGCCGCCAUCAGUUUGAUCUCCAUUCCCUUGAUAUCCCUCUUUACUGCUGGAUGUUUUUUAUUUGUUGUUCCCGUUGCAUUCCUGGAAAGGUUGCUGUCGUGCAGCAGCAAUGACAAAGAGGAAGAAACCGAACGAUUUCUCUUCCAAGAAUCGACAUCGUCCAUUCUGGAUGUCAGAAUGGCACGGUUGGUGGGAUCGGUCCUCUUGGGCCAAGUGUUAUCCUGUCUGGUUCUCAUAUACCCACUGGGGAUCCUGCUCCACAGCAGUUUCACGAACCAACCAGAAGCCAUAACCACCACAAGACAAAUUCUAGUCGCUCAAAAUUCCCAGCAUGCUGCCAUUUUGGACAAGUUUCGAUCCGCAUUGGCAUCAUUAUGUAUCCUGGGCCUCUUGAUGGUCGUUGGAGGACUCGUCGAUGAUAGGACUGCUUCGGAUUCCACAACAGACCACCAUGAUGAUCAGUCAUGCACCACCACGCAAGCAUCCAUUGUCAUUGCCACUGGGGCCAUCACGCUCAUAUCCACUUUGAUUGCCAUGAUGAUAUCCUUUUGGCAGCCGGAACAACCACGUGAAGAGCCACUUCUAGUAGAAUCCAGCGACAAUGACCCUGCAAGAGUGCCUCUCUUGGCAUCCGAGCAACACGAGGAGGAGGAACACAAUAAUGACAAUACGCUUCAAGACACUGAAACGCAACAAGAAGAACAGCCGACUUCUCGGAUUCGGGGGACCAUGAGACUCUUGAAAUUGGCACAACCACAAGUCUUUUAUCUCUACGUGGGUUGUGCUGUGCUGCUAGUCCGUCUACCGUUUUCAUUGUCGAUUCCACAUUUCGUGAGUACCACAUUGGCUGCAGUCUCAAGAGCUGACUUUGAAGGAGCUCGAAAAGAAAUUCUGUUACUGUUCAUACUGGGGACCAUUGACGCCGCAUUGGACUUUUGGUGUGUCUUCCUCUUUGGAUACGCCAAUCAGAGAAUCGUACGGGGUGUUCGAAUUGACACAUUCUGUUCCAUACUCAAACAAGAAGUGGCUUUCUUUGACAAGACCACUUCGGGAGAGUUGGCAUCAAGGCUCAAUUCAGAUUGCGGAGAAAUGGCGGGAGACUUGACCUGGUUCUUCCGCUUUAGUAUCGAGUCCGUCGUUCGAAUCUCAGGAAUUGUGUCAUACAUGCUCAUACGGUGUCCUAUUCUGGGAGGCUUUGCCCUUACCAUCAUUCCAGCAGUGGCACUCGUCAAUAAAGUAUAUGGCAAUUGGCUCAACAAGAAUGCAAGAGAGGUUCAGGAUGCUUUGGCAGCUGCCAAUCAUGUGGCACAGGAAACAUUCUCCUGUAUUCGAACCGUCAUCUCAUUUGCAUCAGAGCAGCAAGAGUAUCACAAGUACAAGGAGAGAAUUGAUCAUCAGUACAGGCUCAAUGUUCGACAGCUAUAUAUCAGUGGUGUGUACUACAUGGCAGUCAGUACCUUCCUCAUCAACACGGUUGUACAAGCCACGCUGUUGCUGAUAGGAACGGCUCUCAUUCAACAUGGAAAAUUGACUGGAGAGAUUCUUUUGGCCUUUAUGUUAUAUCAGGGACAGCUGCAGAGCGAAACAAUGAACUUGUUUCAAUCCUACACCUCACUAGUCAAGAGCUCCGGAGCAGGAGACAAGGUUUUUGCAUUGCUGGAUCGCCGGCCAGCUGCACCAGGAACUGGUAGCACCACCGUUUUGGCUUCAGAGAUUGAAGAAGCUUCGUCAACUGAUCAGACAAGCAACAACCAAACGGAAGGUGACAACACUAUUCAAGCUGAAGGCGACAAUUCACACGCUCCAUGCAGCGUUGAAAUCAGCAACGUGGGGUUCUCGUACCCAACUCGACCAGACAAUGUGGUGUUGAAAGAUUUCAGUCUCAAAGUGCCACAGGGAAAGACCGUUGCACUUGUUGGGUCGUCAGGCUGUGGCAAGAGUACGGUGGUGGGGCUCCUACAACGGUACUAUGAUGCUGCAGUUGGGUCCAUUCAAAUCGAUGGGGAUGAUUUGCGAAAUUUGGAUGUCAAACAACACCGUCGGCGCAUUGGCAUUGUAACACAGGACCCGAUUCUUUUCAAAGGCACCAUUUUAUCCAAUCUCCUUUAUGGCUGCCCCUCAGCGACACGAGAAGACGCAAUAGCAGCAGCACGAAUGGCGAACGCGCUUGACUUUAUCAAUUCUUUCCCGGAUGGCUUGGAAACCGAUGUUGGCGAGCGAGGAAUACAACUAAGUGGAGGCCAGAAACAGAGAGUGGCAAUAGCCCGAGCCAUAAUCAAAAAGCCCUCUCUGCUUUUGUUAGACGAAGCAACUUCUGCCUUGGAUGCUGAAUCUGAACAAGCAGUGCAGGAAGCAUUGGACAAGCUUUUGAAGACCAAUCGAGACAUGACCACCCUGGUGAUUGCGCAUCGUCUCAGAACUGUCCGAAAUGCAGAUACAAUCGCUUUUAUAGAGAACGGUAGAGUGGCGGAGAGUGGGACCCACGAAGAACUAAUUCAGAUUGGUUCAGGGCACUAUCGAAAGAUGGUGGAGAGAGCAGGCAAUGAUGGUCACUUGCCAGAUCAUGUUGAAUAGCAACCCAGCGCAACUCGAUGUUGAGAUAGACCAGUGGCAUGUACGUUGCAUUCCACAACAAACAUCUAUUUUAGAGACAUAACUUAAAAAGGGCAAGCUAGCAGUAGCAUUGCAUGCUCUGGUGCAACUGCAGCUUCACUUUUUGUACAUGUAGGUGUUGAGACCUGUGGUGGUGUCGAGAUUGAGGAUUGUAUCAGUCAACCUCUGUGGACCUGGACCGCUGCUGGUGUAGUACAUCAUCUUGACUUCACCUGACUUGGGUUCUCUUCCAGUUUUUGCAGUAGCUUCCAAAAGGCCAUCAUCCAAGUCGAAUGCCUUGAUCUUCAUUCCAAAGUCAGGAUUAUUCACGUAAUUUUCACCAAACUCUGGGUAGUAGUGCAGCAUAAGAGCUCCAACUUCCACAGCAUACUCAUCCAGGGUGAAGAGAACAGCAUUGGGACCAGCAUCAAAGGUGUAGGCAGCCCUGAUUUUCCCUGCCCACUUGUUGUAGGCAUGAAUGAUGCGGAUGAUGCUAUUGGAGAUAUCAUUCAUGUAAAAAAUUGGAGGGUACGUAUCCAUGCAGGUGGCAUGAAACUGAUUGGAAUCAGCCAUGGUGAGCUGUCCAAAAGUUUCAAAAUCCUUGGCCAAAAAUGCCUUCUCAAUGGUUUCCAUGCGCUUGCUCACAACAGUCUCAGCCCUGUGUUUCAACAACAAGGAAGUUUCCACACUUGUGCUCAUACCGGCUGUGGAAGAGGUAUCUUUCUUGGCAUCGGAAACAACCAUGAUGACAGCUCUAAUUUCAGGCCAAUGCUUUUCAUUGGCCACUUGUUCCGCAAGACUGUCAGACCAAUCUGCCUUCUCGCCCCCCUUCCUCCAUGCCACAAAUCCUCCAUCAAGAGAACGACAAGCUGAUCCACUUCCUUGGCGAGCAAUAGUUGUCAACUGUCCAGGAAAUUCCUCUUUUGCUCCAAACAAAAGAGUCAGAGCAGCCACCAAUGCAGCAUAUCCAGCUGCACUACUGGCCAAUCCAGCAGCUGUAGGGAAAGUGUUGUAACUGGAAACAUGAAUCUUCAUCCUGCUCCAGCCUUCCUUGGUCACUAGAACUUUGCCAUCAGCAUCCUUUUUUGCGGUAGCCAAAGCUCGCACUCCAUCAAUACAAGCCCGAAAUCGCUUGUUGGCGGCGGCUCCUUCCUCUUCUUCACCAUUCAACCACAAACGAUCUUUUUCAAAGGAGGAGGAUGCAGCCACAGUAGUGACAGCCUUGAGAUCAUCCUGGUUCAAAGUAACACUAACAGAAUCAUUGAUAGGGGUAUUCCACUUGGCAUCAGCUUUGCCCCAGUACUUGAUGGUGGCAAUGUUUGUGGGAGCAGAAGAAGUUUCCAUGUACAUUGGAGCACCACUGGAGUGCACAAAUGUUUGCUGUGGCGACAUGGUGGUCCUUUCUUAUUUUGAUAUUUUAUGAACACACCUUUAUACCGUUGCCAGCCAGCACGACCUUUUCCUGGGUUUGUUUGUGAACUUAUUUGGCCCGUGUUGGCUGCGGAAUGCUUUAUUGUUGCGUCUGAUGCUGGAAAGGUAUCUUCCAACCCAGGAACACGUACCGUACC